AUGGAGAUCGACGCAUUAAGACUCUUCCAAGAAGGCAUAGCCAAUGACGAUAUUGAAGUCAAGGUCCAGACAGUCAAGAAACUCAGUCUCGUCAUGAAAGCUAUAGGUGAAGAAAGGGUCCACGAUGAGCUAGUUCCCUAUCUUACCGACUUACUUGAAAUAGAAGAUGAUGAGAUCCUCUAUGUCCUUGCUGAACAGAUCGGUAAUGCAUGGACCCAUGUCUCAGAUAAGCUCACUUUUCUGCCCAUACUUAAAAUACUCGCCAAAGUUGAUGAAACUAUUGUAAGAGAAGAAGCUGCUAAAACUAUGGAAUCUAUAGAAUCAUCACUGAGCUCCAAACAUGUGCAGACCACCUUUGUCCCUCUAGUAAUGGAGCUGAUCAGUCAAGAGUGGUUCACAGGGAGACUGACUUCUUCCCUCCUGAUCCCAACUGCUUAUCCAAAGGCUACCAACAAGCAGAAGGAAAAACUCAGACUUUUCUAUCAUAGACUAUGACAUGAUGAGAUGCCAAUGGUAAGAAAGGCAGCUGCUAGCAACAUUGGAAAGUUUGCCAAAAAUGUUGAAGACGAGAUCCUCGAGGGAGAGAUCAUUCCAAAUUAUGCUGAACUUACUCAAGACGAGCAUGACAACAUCAAGCUGGCUGCUACCGAAAAGAUUCAUGAAUUUAUUGAGUUAGCACCCUCGUCUAAAAUACUUUUAAAAGUCACAAAAGAAGCUAUAUCCGAUAAAUCUUGGAAGAUCAGACACUGUAUUGCUAAGCAGAUUAACCAGAUUAUCAAGGGAUUUGGUAAGAAAAUCGCUUCAAACCACAUCCUUGACGAUCUGACAACCCUUCUCAAGGACCAGGAGGGAGAGGUUCGCCAAGAAGCAGUGCAUAGCUUUACAAAAUGCUUAAAUUUACUCGACAAGAAGAAGCUUGAGUUAUACCUCCUCCCAACUCUUAAAGAGACCUAUAAAGAUGAUUAUGCCAAUUACAAGGAAGGGGUCGCUCAAUCCCUCUGUGAAGUAUGCUCCCUCCUUGAUGACGAUGAGAUCAAUGCGAGUAUUACACCCAUCUUGAUUGAGAUGCUCAAGGAUGAUAGCUCCAUUGUUAAAAUAACAGUACUUGAAGGCCUUGUAAAAAUGUCUGAGCAUCUCGGAGUAAAGAUCUUCGACCAGACCCUAAUCGACUGAUUCAAAAAUACCAUCAAAGAGUCAGCCUGGAGAGUCAGAAUGAGUGUCUACGACCUCAUCGGAGAAAUAGGCCUGAUCCUUGGUCGACAAGACUUCAGUGAAACUCUUGAAGACAUCUUCCUCUCCUACUUCUCUGACAAAGCUGCUGCAAUUAGAGAAAAAGGGAUUGAAAAAUCUAUACAACUUGCUGAGAAGUUUGGCUCAGAAUGGGUAUCAGAAAAGCUUUUGUUAAAAGCCUUUGAAAAUUAUCAUAACGAAGAACAAGGAUAUCUCUAUAGAAUGUGCUCAUUGAUGACCUUUGAAGCUGUGAUAAAGUACAUCAGUGACUCAGACUUUCAAACCAAAUUUGUCCCUCUGUUAGUUAAAGCAAGCCAAGAAACAGUUCCAAACAUGAGAUUCUGCUGAGCAAGAGCUCUAUUCAAUAUUAGAAGAGCUAUAGACACCAGUCUAUAUGCUGAUGAACUAAAAGAAAUAGUGACAAGACUCCGAGACGACUCUGACCAUGAUGUUAAAUACUGGAUUAAAAAGGUGAGCCAAGGAUACUAA